GGUAUCAGCAGAGACCGAGAAACAACUGGGGAGACAGUCGUGAUAAGGAGAGAGACGAUUGAUUAGAUAGAGUAUGGGGAUGGUAUGCUGAAGAAAUGGAGACGAAGGAGAAAGAGAAGCGCGCCAAGGAGGAGAAGUUAAAGGAGGAGGAGGAGAAAAAGAAGAUCCAAGCCGCAGAAGAGGAGCGAGCUAAAGCGAAGCGUGAACGAGAAGAGUUUGAGCAGGCACUCGGGAAAAUGGUACGAGAGAACAUGAAGGAGGUGUGUGAGGAGGUCAUCGGACAAAAGGCCAGCACCAGCAAGGUUACCACCAUUGGGUGCGAUCAAACGGCUCGACAGGAGGCGGCAAGACUGGAGGAGGCACGACGCAAACAGCAAGAAGAGCGUUGGCGACGAGAAGACUCUGCAGCCCGCGAACAGCUCAAGAAGCAAAGGAACGACGAACUGGAGAAACUCAGGCGGGAGAACGAGGAUCUGCUACGAACAGCUUCGGGGAAGGCAAGCAGAGAGCUGGAUUCUAUCAAGGCUGAUAACCAGGCUCUCGUUCACGAUCUUCUGGCUCUGAAAGACGAAGUGGAUACCCUCAAACAGAACAAUAAGCGAAGUUCCGAGGCAGUCACGGAGAAAAGCCCUCCGAUCGAACCAGCGAAGGGUAAAUCGCGGCAGGAAGGAGGUACGCAGACACCGCUCGAGUGUGCCAAGCUGAUAGAGGCCUAUUGGAAGAUUCGCGAUGACAAGGAUAUGGCCGAACGGGAGGUCUCGGCACUCAAGGAAAGGAUCAACAGAAUCAAGAUAACUUCGCCAUUGAGCACGAAGCGGAAGACUUUGCUUCAACGCAGAAGCGGCAAGAUGGGCAGUAGCCCACAAUCGAAGAACGGGGAUCAGGUGAAGAUUACCUUUGUGUGUAAGGUUGGCGAAGAGCGGGAUUAGUUCUUCAAAAGGAGGAAGUUAAUUACAGGUGUUCGAUUGAUAGAUGACGUGUCAGUCUUUGCUAAGUAGGACAAGCGAUCGAUGAUAGCUAAAUGGGAGGCAAUAGAAGCGAUCGAACGGUUUAGUAACUGCUAUGAUAAAAGGCUUACACUAGA